GACGAAAGAAUCUUCUUUCACUCUCAAUGGCGCAGCAAUCAAGGGUCUGCUCCUACUUCCCGCAUUCAGAACUCCGGGUAGCACCGGAAAAGGGUCGUCUUUAUGUGUCUUUCUUCUGUACCCUCAUCCACCUCUACCUCCGCUGCCGCCUGUUCUCGAAGGCCCAGGCCGCUUUCUCCGCCAUGCGCGGUUGCAAUUUGGUCCCCGACCUCCGUUCUUGGAAUCGCCUGCUGCUCCAGUUCAACACUUCUGGUGCUGUUGACCAGAAAGAGGCUCGUGGAAGAUGGGUUCGGGCUGGUAAGCGAGAUGGUCAAGAAGGGUGUUGCUGUGGACACUUUCACUUGUAAUAUAGUCAUCAAGGGGUUUUGUGAGAUGGGUUCGCUUCAAAAAGCAAAAUGGGUGAUGGAAAUGUUUUGCCACGACGGUCAGGGUAUUCCUAAAGAUAUUGUGGGGUUUAACACCAUUAUACAUGGCUGUUUUAUGGCUCAUGAAGUGAGUGAUGGUCUUGAGAUCACAGAAGGUAUGGGCCGUGAGGGGGUGGGGCCUGACAUUGUCACUUACAAUAUUUUGAUCAAUGGGUUCUGUGAAAUGGGAGAUUUUGAUACUGCCAAGAGUCUAAUGGAAGAACUCACGGAGUCAUGUAAAAAUGUUGAAGUUUGCAAUGGGGUUUCUCUUCCUAGCGACAAUGGUCAAACUGCAGAAAAUUUAGAUAGAGUGUUAGUUGUAAGACCUUAUCUCAUUACGUACACUACGCUGUUUAGUAAAUACAUUAAGAAGUCCGAGAUUGAGAAAGCACUAUGUAUAUAUGAAGAGAUGACUAAGAAUGGGGUAUCCCCCGAUUCUGUUACUUAUAGUUCUCUCAUACAUGGCCUUUGUAAACGUGGAAGGGUUGUUGAAGCCAAACAAGUCAUAGAGGGGAUGAAGAUUGUCGGGGUGGAUCCUAAUCAUUUUACCUACACCAUUUUGAUUGAUUAUUUACUCAAACAAGGGGAUGUGUCUGCUGCCUCUGCCCUUCAAUGCCAGAUGGUGGUUCAUGGAAUAAGAUUUGAUAGCGUGAUCUUAACCUGUUUGAUGGAUGGGUUGUUUAAAGCUGGGAAACCUAGGGAUGCUGAGGAAGUAUAUCAAACUCUUCUAAAUUUCAAGAUGCAUCUAAACCAUAUCACUUAUACAGCAUUGUUAGACGGGCGGAUCAAAUCUAGCGGCAUGGAGAGUGUAGAAUUCCUGUUCCAAGAAAUGGAAGAGAAAAACAUUGUGCCCAAUGCCUUUACAUUUUCUUCUGUAAUUAAUGGCUAUGUUAAAAGGGGGCUUCUUAAUGCAGCUAUGGCUUUGAUGAAGAAGAUGGUUCACUACAAUGUCAUGCCCAAUGUGUGCAUAUAUGGUAACAUGAUUGACGGGUGCUUCAAGGCUGGUAAUCAAGACAUGUCUGUCUCCCUCUACACGGAGAUGAAAUUGUGUGGAGUGUUGGAAAAUGAUUUCAUACUGGAUGCUUUUAUAAACAAUUUUAAAAGACACGGAAAGAUGGAAGAAGCAGAGGCCUUUAUAGGUGAAAUGGUAUCAAUCGGAGUCAAACCUGAUCAUGUUAACUAUACAUCGCUGCUGGAUGGGCUAUUUAAAUCAGGAAAACACUCGGCUGCUCUUGAGUUGGCCCAAGAGAUGAAAGAUACAGGUUUUGGGUUUGAUACAGUUGCUUGCAAUGUAAUACUGAAUGGGCUCUUACGGAGUGGGCAAUAUGAAGUGCAGUCCGUCUAUGGUGAAAUGAUACGAUUCGGUUUAGAACCCGACGUUCUGUCUUUCAACACCAUGAUCUAUGCUUGCUGCAAGGAGGGUAAAGUGGGAAACGCUUUCAAUCUUUGGAAUGAAAUGAAUGUGCAUGGACUGAAGCCUAACUCAGUUACUUGUAAUAUUAUGCUGAGGGGAUUAUGUGAAGUUGGUCAAGUCGAUAAAGUGAUAGAUUUGUUGAACAAUAUGCAGAGUAUGGGUCUUCAGCCUACCCAAUCCAUUUAUAAAGUUUUGAUCGGCGUUGCAUCAAAAGAUAGAAAAGCUGAGACGAUCUUAAGAAUGCACGAGCGACUUAUAAGCAUGGGGCUUAAGCUUGACCAAACAGUUUACAACACACUCAUAAGUGUAUUAUGCAGGCAAGGGAUGACCGCCUGUGCAAAAUCACAACUGUUGAAAAUGAGAGAGCAGGGAAUUUUUGCUGACACUAUAACUUAUAAUUCCUUUAUUUACGGGUAUUGCAAAAUAUCCUUUAUCGAUAAAGCUUUAGAAACAUAUUCUAUAAUGCUGGUUGAAGGGGUUUCUCCUAAUAUUGCGACGUACAAUUAUCUCCUUGAGGGUCUAACGGCAUCUAGAAGGUUUCAAGAAGUAGACGGCGUACUUAAUGAGAUGAGGCUUAGGGGUCUUGUCCGUAAUUCUAACACCUAUGACACUCUAGUCUCAGGCUAUGGGAAGCAAGGGAAUAAAAAGGAAGCUAUACGGCUCUACUGUGAAAUGAUAACGAAAGGCUUUGUUCCCCGUGUUAGUACUUAUAAUGUUCUUAUUGGUGAGUUUGCAAAGAUUGGGAAGAUGAAGCAAGCUCAAGAACUCAUGCAUGAGAUGCAAGCUAGGGGAGCAAAACCAAAUGCUUCAACGUACGAUAUACUUGUUUCUGGAUGGUGCACACUGUCAAAACAAGCAGAACUUGAUAGAUACUUUAAAGUGUCUUGCCAAGCCGAGGCGAAGAGGUUGCUCGAUGAGAUGAAUGAAAAAGUGGCUGAGCAGCUGGAAUACUGGUUGAAAAGGCCUAUAAGAAACUUGGGUUUGCAGGGUGGCUGGAAUGUCACUGGAAAAGGCAUGUGGUCUUUGACAUGAAGCUAUUUACAUGACAAUUGGAGUCUUGAUAAGAAUAUAUGCAUUCUCUGCAAAACGGAUUCUUGAAUCAUGAAAGAGCUGAAAUGCAACCAAACUAUGGAUUUGACGGCCAGAACAAAUGAAGUGCAAUACUGCAAUGCUUGUUUGGGACAUACGAUUUCCGGAAAAAAAUAAGAUUCAUCUGCAGUGAUGUAUCUCAGGGAUGGCAAUAUGGUAAUAACCCAGGACUUCAUGG